AAGAACAUUCGGAUCACCUUUGAUGUUUACAUACAAAAUGCCCAAUGUUUAGCUGGUUCGUUUCUUGCUUUAGCGUUGAUUAAAUGGAUUUUCUUCCGAAAGAGAAGUACAAUACAUGAAAACGACCAUAUAUGACACUUAAUGUGUACGGACCAUUUCGUUCAAUGCGCUGCGAGUGGCUAAUAGCGUGUGAGUUUUUGGUCGAAGUAAGUGACAAUUUUGUAACAAAGGGAAAUAACUAAUUCAACUUAUUAUUAUAAUUUCCGCAUAUUGGUCACGGCAAAAUAGCGAAUUUGAAAACUUAAAACAAUACUUUAUCAUGGCUUUAAGUCUCGAUGAUAGACUGUUAGGUGAAAAAGUCGAAAACUACUGUAGUAGCAGUGAAGAUGAAAAUGAAAAUGACUCAAGUGAUGAAAAAAGUGAGAGUCGACCAGUGGACAAAGCACCAACAUUUAUCCCCGAUGAGAAAAGCAAAGACUACACGGGCAGCAGCACUAAUACAGGUCCGAAAGGUGUCCUCAAUGAUUGGCGAGAGUUUAAGAGGCUAGAGACUGAACAGAGAGAAGAACAAGAGAGGGAAAGGCAGGCAAUGAUGAAAAAACUGCAGUUAACUUGCAGGUCACAUCUGAACGAUGAGGAAGAAAAAAAGAAAGACAAAGAAUUCCUGCAAGAUCUGGAAGAAUUUGAUGAUGAGUUCCUGAAAAAGUACAGACAGAAGCGCAUAGAAGAGAUGAGGAGAGUUCUUGAAAACUCACCAAAGUUUGGCCAAGUUAUACAGCUGGAUAAGUCAUGUUUCAUCAAUGAAAUUGACAAUGAAAAGAAGACUGUGAAGGUCAUUGUUCAUGUAUACGAGGACAAUGUUGAAGCAUGCAGGUCUAUGGAUGGAUGUAUUAAAUGUCUUGCCAAGGAGUAUGUCAACAUCAAGUUCUGUAGAAUUAAAGCUACAGAAGCUAAGCUUAGCAGGAAGUUUUCCAGUACUGGUGUGCCAGCUUUGCUUAUCUAUAAGGGAGGCGAGUUGAUCGGCAAUUAUAUCAGACUUUCAGAUGAGUUUGGGGAAGAUUUUUAUGCGACUGAUGUGGAAAGUUUUCUACAAGAGCAUGGGAUGCUUCCUGUCCUUGAAAAUACUUGCAUCCGAGAUAAAACCACUGGGGAAGUGAGAGCUGUCUUGCCAGAAGAUGAUGACUUUGAUAUUGACUAAGAUGUUCUCUGUGAUUAUGUUCAGACUUCUUAUUUUGAUAAAAACAAAUAAAUUCAACAAUGAAUGAACUUUAUGCAUUUAUGCAGCAGAGUGAUAGAAAUACAAUUUAUGAAUUGAAUUUGUAUAAAUAUUAAAUGAAUGAGCGGGAUUGAAAAAUAUGUGUUCUCUGUACAUAAACCAUUCAUUUUAGAAAAUAGUUGUAUUUAUGUAUGUAUAUUUUGUCAAAGUCUAUUCCUUUAAAGUGCUAAAUAUUUUGCCUUGAUUUUGCUAGGUGUAGUUAUACUUUUAUAAACAGCGAGGUACAGCUAAACAGCUAUCCCGAUGAUGUCAAGUGAAGUUGUUUUCAUAAGUGGACAUUUUUUUAUAUUCCCUUUUACAAUAAAUAUAGUUGUUGUCAUUAUUUUUAAAGUAUCUUGAGACAACAAUUAUCAAUAUCACCAUUAAGUCUUUCUAUUUAAUACAGUUUUAUUCUUUUAAAGGAGCAUAUUUGCUUAUUACACAAAGCAGAGAGAUAACCCAAUAAAAGAGUGUCUAUAAUAUUGGUGAUUUUUAGAAAAAUGAGAACAUACACCAAGUUGAUGAGUGAUAUGGCUACAUCUGCAUGUGAUAUAAGCAUACCUGAAUCUCCACAAAAAUAGAAGUUUAAUUAAAAAUGAAAGAAAUAUCUUAUCCUUACACAUUUUGAUGUCAUUCAUUUCUGUCAUUUCCUUUAGGCAUUUAAUCAUGCUUCCAGAUAUUUUGAUUUAGUUAUUUUGACAAAUACAUAACUUUUACAUACAUGUAUUUAUAUAAAGGUCAUAUAUACAGUGACAAAGUGUUGUAGCAUUAUAGUUUUUAUAUGCUUGUAUAUAUAAAUAUUAAAUAGACAAUCUUGUUUGAUAUGGUGUGCACUGUCUCAGUUUAUUGCUUGAACUAAUAUCAAAAUACUGUAAAUUUGAUGCGUUUUUUUCAUUUUCUUUGCAGAAAAAUUCCUUUAUUGAAAUUUCUGAGAAAACGUCAUGUGAACAAACUAUUUAAAAACAGGAUAAUCAGUGCAUUGAUGUGUUCAGGAUUGAUAAUUAAGUCUAAAAUAAACUGAUAUAUCAAUGGA